AUGGAUCUUAAGGAUCUCAUUCCAAAAAUUCAACAGCACACCAAAGCUGGCUGGGAAUCAGUCAAACAACCAGCACUUCCAGCACCAUCCUCUUCUCCAGAACAAUUUCUCCAAUCUGUUAAUCCAGAAGAUGACGUAUCUAUGAGAUCAGGUACCAGUCAGGCUCCUUCUGAGCCAGCGUCAGAUCCAGCCGAACACGUAUUGGCCGGUGAGUCACAAUCUGAAGAUGAUGAAGAACCCAAUCUUGGUGACUUUUGGGAUUCUCUUACAACUGUACUCAUGGAAAAGAUGGCCAAAGACAAAUCCAAUAAAGUAUCUACAGGAAAUCCAGGUGCAGAUCCAAGAGCAUCUGGUGGUGUGGGCGGCCAGAAGGCCUCCACCACCCCAACAGUAAAGAAAAUGCAGACACUUAAUGUCCGCCCUCCAGACCCUUCUAAGCCUCCAGGACAAUCUAGCAGUGGAUCUAUCCACAUGCUACGCGCUGAAUCCAGCCCUGAUCAGGAUACUUCAUCACCAGAACAAAUUCAGGAAAUUCAAUUGAACUUUCAGGAACCCUCAUCGAAUAGUUACCAUGGUAAAACCAUUUAUGAAUGGAAUAUUGAUGGUGAAUCAGAAUUUGGCAUUUAUAAGAAGUUACAUCAAAUGAUGAUGUAUGCUACUGUUUGUCACCAAUACAGUAAUAAUGACCAGGCCAUUGCUAAGUUUAUUAUUAAUGGCUUUACCGGGGUUCUCAAAGGUUGGUGGGAUAAUAUUAUGACUCCCAUCCAACAAACUGAGAUAUUAACCGCAAUCAAAUUAGAACUUGACCCGACUACCAAUCAGCAAGUCCAACAGCCAGAUGCUGUCUAUACUCUUAUCCAGACCAUUAUUUACCAUUUUGUUGGUACCAGUACAUCUACUCAGGACCGUGGUCGUGAGCUUCUCCAGAAUUUGCGUUGUCCAUCCUUAACCCAUUUCCGAUGGUACAAGGAUGUUUUCCUUCUUAAGGUUACUCAACGCCCUGAUGCUAACAGUACUCACUGGAAAGCCAAAUUUAUUGAUGGCCUUCCUACCCUCUUUGCCGAGCGAGUUAGGAAAAAACUUUGGGACCGCCAUGACCGGAUGUCUAUUCCUUAUGAGCAGUACACAUAUGGACAACUCUGUUCCAUUAUAACAGAUGAAGGUCUUUCUCUCUGUAAUGACCUUAAACUUCAUUAUCAAAUGAAACAACAGAAUUUAACAGGAAGAAAAGAACUAGGAGAAUUUUGUGAACAGUUUGCUUAUGAACCUGGCAUAAAAUAUCCUAAUAAAUCCAGAAAGUUGUCUCAUAAAAAAUCUUCCAAACCAUACAGAAAAAAGUCCUCUAAGACUAGCCACCCGAAACCUACUAAGAAGUUUUAUCCCAAGAAAUCUACCAGUAAAUCAAAAGGAAAAUCUAAAUCAGAAGUAAAAUGCUACAAAUGUGGACAAACAGGACAUUAUGCUAAUAGAUGUAAAUCUAAAGCUAAAUCCAAGGUUAAUGAAUUAAACCUUGAUCCAGAAAUUAAAGAAUAG